AGUUUUACUUAUGUCUCUCCCUAUCACGUGACACUUCUACAAUUCUUUCUAGUGAAUAGCCAAAGAGAAAACCCACAAAACCCUUUUCUUCAAUUCUUUCUUUCUUUCAUUCUCUCUCAUGAAUCAUAAUAUCUAGACUACUGUCUUACUACUGUCUUAUGUCUGUUUGAGAGAAAGAAAGCGAAAACAGAGAAAAGCAAAGGCAUCUAUCUCCUUUUGCUUGCAGUGACUUGUGUGUGUGUGUGUGUGUGUUUGUAGUAUAAGUAAGAAAUGCAGCAGCACCUGAUGCAGAUGCAGCCCAUGAUGGCAGCCUAUUAUCCCAACAACGUCACUACUGAUCAUAUUCAACAGUAUUUGGAUGAAAACAAAUCAUUGAUUUUGAAGAUUGUCGAGAGCCAGAAUUCAGGGAAAAUCAGCGAGUGUGCAGAGAACCAGGCAAGGCUACAGAGAAACCUCAUGUACCUGGCUGCAAUUGCUGAUUCUCAACCCCAACCUCCUAACAUGCAUUCCCAGUUUUCUUCCAGUGGGAUUAUGCAGCCAGGAGCACACUACAUGCAGCACCAACAAGCUCAACAGAUGACACCACAAUCCGUAAUGGCGGCAAGAUCCUCCAUGUUGUACACUCAACAGCAGUAUGCAGCACUGCAGCAACAGCAGGCCUUGCACAGCCAGCUUGGGAUGAGCUCUGGCGGAAGUCCAGGUCUUCACAUGCUGCAAAGUGAGGCAAGCACUGCUGGAGGCAGCGGAGGGCUUGGGGCAGGAGGGUUUCCUGAUUUUGGCCGCGAUGCUAGUGGCAGAGGAAUGGCUGGCGGAAGCAAGCAAGAUAUGGGGAAUGCAGGAUCUGGUGAAGGGCGAGGAGGCAACUCUGGAGGCCAGGGCAGUGAUGGAGGCGAAAAUCUUUACUUAAAAUCAGCUGAUGAAGGGAAUUAAGAGGUGAGAAAUGAUGGUGUUUGUUAACAACUCAACUUAGGAGAGCUUAGUCAGGAAGUUGAUUUAGAAAAAGAAAAUGGUAAGGACUCGCUGCUUAGAAAAACUUUUAUCGUAUGAUGCAUGGAAAAAAGAAUGGUGAGGACCUGAUCCCCAGACCUUAUGGCUUGAUUGUUUUUAAGUGGUUAGACUAUGAAUCGCAUGCCAGUAUAUCAUGUAAAUUGUAGGUUAUAUUUUGGUUU